UUCAACCUCGUUCUGCCGAGUAUGUUGAUAUCGGCCCUGGCAUUACUCGGUUUCACAUUGCCGGCCGAUUCCGGUGAAAAGCUCAAUCUAUGUGUGACGAUCUUUAUGUCACUUUGCGUAUUCAUGUUAAUGGUAGCCGAAGCGAUGCCACAGACCAGUGAUGCCCUACCACUGAUAGAAGUCUACUUCUCCUGCAUCAUGUUCGAAGUUGGUGCUUCCGUGGUCUGUACGGUGUUCGCACUAAACUUUCACCAUCGCACACCAGAAAGCUAUCACCCCAUGACUCCUUUCACACGGAAGAUCCUCCUUGAAUGGCUACCGAUGUUGCUUUUUAUGGAUCGUCCGCCACCAUUUCGAAUGGAGCAAAUUAGCGAGUGUAAUGGUCACGUCAUGGGCGAAAAGCAUAAGGAUAAGAGGAAAAUGAAGGGAUACGUCGUGGAUCUCCAGAAAACACUACUCGACAACUGCUAUCCGCCAGUCGACAAUAAAUCCAAAGCAGUGCAUCUCGAUUUCUGCCAUGGGGGUCGAAUAGAGGUUCGUCGUAAACCAGUCAGUGCUGAGCGAAAUUCUUAUCCGCUUUCAAUGACAAGCAACAACGGCAGUUCACCAGCACUUGCUCAAAAGUAUACAUUCUCAUCGAAACUUCAUGUAAGUGCCUUCAAAUUUUAUUUUCAAUGGGACGAGCUUAAAGCGCAACAGAAAAGGCGUUCGGUCGCAUGCACCCAGUGUGCUUUACAAGAUCCCGCAAACAAUGCAUAG